AUGGACGAACAUAAACCGAAAUAUCACUACAAAAAAGGACGUCGAACCUCAGCCAACCGCUCAGCCCAUGCCUCAGUAAUUGGCUUCGCUGCAUUCAAUCUAUCAGACUUCGAAGAGCUGCUCAGAGAGGAAGGCCUGGAAAUUUUCGUGUUAAAGAAAGCUGACCCAGUGAAGUAUUCUACCGGAUCUGUUGUAAAAGACAAACUAAAAGAACGCGAUGUGGAAAUGCGCCGCAAAUCAACAACUACCAAGGCAUCCGUAUCUUCCACUGCUCCAAGUUCCACACCAGGCAGCGUAAGGAAAUCGAGUAGCACAGUUGCGAGAGCAGCGGAAAGGCUCGAUUUGUUAGAUUCAAUCUUGAACCAGCAGUCGGAGUUUCUGCAAACAAUGAGGAGGUCAGAAGAUAGAGGUUCACCUGAACCCGUCAAAGUCGUUCCACGGGUUGAGCCAUCUGAAGAAAAUUUGGAUCAUCCACAUGUGGACAAAGGGCAGGAUCUUACGGGUGCAGCUGAGGAAGCAUACAGGCGCUUUGAACAAACCUUCUCCGAAUCAAGUUCAUCGAAAAGUUCUCCCAAGAGUCCUCAGUUCUUGUCACUCCUCCCGCCGCCUCCACCUCCGCCGAAGCCUGUUCAACAGCACGCGAAUCUUCCCAAGAAAGGUGUAGCACUCAGCGCUGAUAUGGUGCACCUUCUUGUUCCACCUCCCCCUCCGCCACCUCCACAACCUCCAAUAAAGGAUGUUCCUCCUCCACCACCACCACGUCGUCUCAAAGCGAGCGUUUUGGAAGAUCUUCCUCCACCUCCUCCGCCUCCGAAACGACUUAAGCCGACCCGCUCUUCUACGGUUAAUAAAGAAACGAUGAAUAAGGAUGCAAGUGGCCUUGUUGAACCUAAGCAGGAACAUCCAGCUGAGAGCAGUAAAAUCGAUGAUCUCGCAGUACUGGCUGAUGUAAAAACGUGUUUGGAACAUGUGGUCUUCUUAGUGUCAUCCAUAAAACCAUUUGAUGAAAUAAGUGGAGAGUUAUUACCCGACAAGGAGGUUCCUGUGCCAUUUUCGCAGCGCGUUGAACGUACUGCUGCUCCUGAAUCAAAUGAUGGAUCACCGAACUGUGCCGACGCUUCUGCUGAGAAAAGAUCUGUUGAGAAGAGUAGCUCGUCAGAGGAGCCACAAAAGGAUGUUCCUAAAGAGGACGAGGAAGAGUACGAUCCGUUGGAUGACACAGUUGUUGAGGAAUUCGAAGCUUAUGUGCCGUCUGCUGUUGUUGCUCGUAAUGUGACUCUUGAUGUUAGCGAUUACCUUUUCCCGACUAGUGUUGCUCUUGAUAGCUUUCGAUUAUUUCCUUUCCAGGAGCUCAAUUCUUCGUUUACUUCUUCACCAGAGCAGAUCAAUUCUGCUGAGCAGGAGCAGUACUCUCCAAGUUCUAACAUGGGGUUGCAUAUCGAUGAGGACGACGAUGAAGGCGAAAUUACGGAGGACAGCGAUAGUGAUAUCCAGUCUAUUGCUGAUUCAGAUGACGAUUCUGAAUGUGAUGAUGGGGUUCCUGAUCAGAACACCUUUAUGCGUCAUGACGAAAAUGGGCGUCUUAUAAAAGUAGUGCGACAUACGCGCAAAAGAUUUGAUGAAGUUAGCUCAAUCACUUCUCAGCUUGAUGACGGAGUUAAGAAGCCUCUUGACAACUCAACACGGAAUGAAGCUGACGAAGAGGAAGUCGAAAUGAAACCCGACCGAGAGAUUUUGGAUAAUCCCCGUCACCUACUUCAACGUGCCUCCGCUGUUUUGCAGGGCUUGGGAAAAGAACAGGGAGCCCAGUAUACGCAGAUGCCAUAUGACGAUGACUACGAAGAAGAAGAGUGCAUACAACCUAUGGAUAGCUUCCAUGGGGAACCUGUUCCGGACGAUGACGAGCUUUUCGAGGUGGCGGCAGGAAUUAAGCCUAAACGGAAGGAGGAAGUAAUUGUUGAAGAACGGAUUCCUGAAUCCACAGAAAAGUUUGAGAUUGACUUUUACAAUGGAGAUCUGCAUCUCAAAGGAGCGCCCGAUAACGACUGGAUAAUUGAUCCGGAUAAUCAGGAUGGUUUAGCCCUUGUUUGGGGUGGCGUGAGGAAGCGUCCGGAGUGGACAUUUCCAAACUCUCUUCCAAGCUCACAAACGGAGCGUGCUCCUAUUCCACCGGAGAGUAAAUCUGAUUGCACUGUACUUAUGAUGGUUGGUUUACCAAGUGUGGGAAAGACUACCUGGGUUCGGCGUUAUAUACGUGAGCAUCCCAAGGAACACUGGACGCUUAUAAGUGCUGAUACCAUCUUAGCUUCCAUGAAGGUGAAUAAAAUGUGGCAGUUUUGCAGUCUCAUUGUUUGGUUACUUUCUUUGGCAGCUCGCCGUAGACGUAAUUACAUCCUCGAUUUCACCAAUUGCGAUCCAGAUACGCGGAAGAAGCGUUUAGCUCUUUUCGAAGGAUUUUUCAGACAGUGCGUAACGAUUGUUCCGUCUGAUGAAGUGAUGCAACAAAGGCAUGCAAAACAUCUCCCUGUGAUGGAAAUGCCAGUAGUAUCCGAGUUUCUGGAAGUUGUUGUACUAAUGUUUGAUCCGGCGAUGGAAGAUGCUCAGAUCGCCAUCGAUCGUAUUGCAAAAUUCAACGAGGAAGGCAGGCCAUGGUAUUCAAGCAAGUACAAUAAGAGACGAGGUUUCUGGAAUGGCACCUAUGGAGACGAACCAUAUAGAAAACCGUCGGGAACCCAGACACGUACCCAGACAGUCAGCUCUGCAGAGAAGAACAAUACCGAAAGCAACUGCCGUAGGCGACUGUCACGGACAAGGUCCCUCAUGUUGCACUAUCGAAUAGUGACUCGGAUAAGACUGUCUCAACGACAGUUUCCCACGGUACGGCUUGUGCAAAUAUCACCAGUGCCAAGCAAUGUGAACAGUUUGCCCGAUAAGCUUGCUCCUAUUUCCAUUAAUGGCAGCGAAAACAAAGCUCCUGUGCAUGGAGGCGUGACCUUAUCAGUAGUGUCUCCUGUCAGUCGUGUGAAUGAGUCACAAAAUACAGCAACUCGUCUUCCAACUGUGUUCAAUCACCCUCCUCCCGCAAACCCAUCGCUGGUUGUGCAGACUCUUCCAACCCCUUCUACAACUAUGCCAUCAGUCACGCAGCCCCAG